AUAUAUAUUCUUCAGUGUGUUGUUCAAUAUUCUGAGCUAUUUACAACCGGCAUAUUUUUGAACACCGUGUUUAAGAAAGGUCCUAUACCACGUUGUGAUGCAGAAACCCGAACGUCCUCUGAAAUUUUGUGAUAGCUGCAGUAUAAGAACUGAAGUUUUUGAUUUGUAAAUAUGGUAAACUAAAAUAAAUAUCCUGUCUAGUAAAGCCUGAUCCACACGUGCUGAGAUGUCGGCGCAUCGCUGCAUGGUCCUGCUUUCUCGGGCCAGGCCGCUAAUUAAAAAUAUCAGUCUUCGUAAAUCUACGACUGCCAUGCUUGAUCAUUGGGGCAGUGGACAGUUUCACAGAGGUUUAAGUGUUGUGGUUUCGAGUCGAAAGGUUUCUUCAAACAGUUCAUCCCGGCCUCCUGACACGUCGCUUUUCAUCCCCCUGGACAUCAAAAGUGAUGCAACGAACGAUGGAACUAUUGGAGUUGAGCUUACGCAGCCACUGGACAAAGGCGAACUUCUUAAAGUGUUAAACCGAUUCUACAAAAGGAGAGAGAUGCAACGACUGGCAGACGAACAUGGGUUAGAUGCCCGGCUCUUCCACCAGGCCUUUAUCAGUUUCAGGAAGUAUGUUAUGGAAAUUGGGACAAUGAGUGCCGAUCUUCACAUCAUCCUCAAUGACAUCUGCUGUGGAGCUGGACACGUAGAUGACAUGUUUCCAUACUUCAUGCGGCAUGCUAAACAGAUCUUUCCUAUGUUGGACUGCAUGGAUGAUCUGCGCAAGAUCAGCGAUUUGCGUGUUCCAGCUGAUUGGUACCCUGAGGCUCGUGCCAUGCAGAGAAAGAUCAUCUUCCACGCUGGCCCCACUAACAGUGGGAAAACUUACCAUGCCAUUCAGAGAUACCUGGCAGCAAAGUCUGCCGUCUACUGUGGGCCGCUGAAGCUUCUGGCACAUGAGAUCUUUGAGAAAAGCAAUCAUGCUGGUGUGCCGUGUGACUUGGUGACCGGAGAAGAGCGAACCUUUGUAGACCCGGAGGGCAGACCGGCUGGUCAUUUGGCCUGCACCAUUGAGAUGUGCAAUGUUACAAUGCCAUUCGAAGUCGCUGUUAUUGAUGAGAUCCAGAUGAUCCGCGACCUAUCGCGUGGCUGGGCCUGGACCAGAGCUUUGUUAGGUCUGUGUGCGGAAGAGAUCCACGUAUGUGGCGAGACGGCAGCCAUUGACUUUAUCACUGAGCUCCUGUACACUACAGGGGAGGAGGUAGAGGUUCAUCACUACAAGCGACUGACGCCCUUCUCUGUGCUUGACCAAGCUGUGGAGACUCUGGACAACCUCCGGCCUGGGGACUGCAUCGUCUGCUUCAGCAAGAAUGACAUCUACAGCCUCAGCAGGCAGAUCGAAGGCCGGGGUCAGGAAUGUGCGGUGAUCUACGGCAGUUUGCCGCCUGGCACCAAAUUAUCUCAAGCGAAGAAGUUCAACGACCCAGAAGACCCCUGCAAGAUCAUGAUUGCCACAGAUGCCAUCGGAAUGGGAUUAAACCUGAGUAUAAAGCGCAUCAUCUUUAAUUCCCUGAAGAAGCCCAACCUCAAUGAGAAGGGAGAGAAGGAGAUGGAAAUCAUCAGCACGUCGCAGGCCCUGCAGAUCGCCGGACGGGCAGGCCGCUUCAGUUCUAUAUAUAAGGACGGCGAGGUCACCACCAUGCACCGUGACGACCUUCCCGUGCUCAAGGAAAUUCUCAGCCAAACCAUCAAGCCCAUCGAGGCUGCUGGUCUACACCCCACUGCAGACCAGAUUGAGAUGUUUGCCUAUCACCUCCCAGACGCCACCCUCUCCAAUCUCAUUGACAUAUUUGUGAGCCUGUCCCAGGUGGAUGGGAUGUACUUCGUCUGCAACAUUGAUGACUUUAAGUUUCUUGCUGACAUGAUCCAGCACGUUCCCUUAAACCUGCGUUUCCGUUACGUUUUCUGCACCGCACCAAUCAACAGGAGGCAGCCGUUCGUCUGUACCUCGUUCCUGAAAUUCGCCCGGCAGUUUAGCAGAGACGAGCCUCUGACAUUUCGCUGGGUGUGCCGUCACAUCAACUGGCCCGUGGCUGUGCCUCGCAAUAUCAAGGACCUGGUGCACCUGGAGGCUGUCCAUGAUGUUCUGGAUCUGUACCUGUGGCUCAGUUACCGCUUCAUGGACAUGUUCCCGGACGCGGACCUGAUCCGGGAGGCGCAGAAGGAGCUGGACGACAUGAUCCAGGCCGGCGUUCGCAACAUCACGGCGCUCAUCCGCGCCUCUGACCGCCAAAUCGGGGCCCCCGCGCCCUCGGAGCCCGAGGCCCCGCGGCCGCAGGCCUUCAGGAAGGGCCGUGGCUCCAAGUCCCUGGGCCCAAAGGCGGCCGACUCUCUCAGCUCCCGCCUGCUGCAGGACGGCCGGCUGACGCACGACCUCCUCCAGCGGCUCCAGAUGGAGUGGCUGGAGCAGCAGCGUCCCGGUGGAAAAGCCGAGAACGACGAAACCAGCACUAGCCAGAGCAAGAAAAAGAAGAAAUGACAGCCGUCGUUCCCUGCUGUCCCUUUAGAAGCUUUUUAAAGAGAAGACUGUAUGUUUUGUAAUACUGUUUGUCUCCUCCUGAGGCCUGUAUUAUGAAAACAGGGAGGUUAUCAUGCUGUCCGAAGAGAGAUCGAAACAUUUUUGAUGAAGAAUUGCCCUUACAAAGCGUCCACAGCACAUUUAAAAAGGCCCUUUUAUUGCAUAUAUGAGUUAAGACAAACAGUUCUCGGUUCCCCUACCUUAGUUUGGUCAACCGGUUCAAUGCUCGAGAAUUGAAGUGGAUUGUUUUCUGUCUCGGCGUCAUUGGAAUAUGAUUGUUUCUUAUGCAGAAACACGAACAAACUCCUGCAGCUCUGUUAAAAUAGCACUAGAAGAGUCAACAUUUUAACUUAUUCAUGAAGUGUAACUGCCAAUGGAGCUCAACUCUCUAUUUCUCUUCCCCUUUAGGCUGGGGUUUGUUUAAACAUUUCUCCUAUACAAAUCUGGAAUUAUUUGUCAAAUUCAACUCUCCCAAACACUAACUCCCCAAAUUUUAUGAGUAUAAAAAGUAUAAUAAAAUUGUUGGUUGAAUAUAGGCCAGAGUUAAGGACAAUUGUUGAUUGAAUACAGACUACAUGCUCUCCCUUAACCCAUGAUUGCAGACAAACAAACAAACACUGGGUACUUUUGCAGGUCCCAGGUAUUAGUUAUUUUCCAUCCAGCCACACCCUUGGGAUUGUGCUGAUAAAAGGGAGCAUCUCAGGGCUGGACUGAAAUAUGACUGAAGUGAACUUUGCUCUGAAAAAGCAUGUUGUUUCAGACCAGGUGCGUUUCAAUUCAUUCCUGUCAUAAUGUGAGGGGAGGUUAUAUUGUAUAAAGACCGGGAGGUGUCUAUUUUGUAAAAAAAAAAAAAGUAAACAUGACUCUUAGUCAUUAAACUAA